UGUGUUUGUUUACUGGUCCCUCCCUGUCUCACUCAGAUGCUCCAACUCUCGGGACCUCGGGGUGCAGAUCACAUUCUCCCAGACUCCUGAGCCCUGGGUCCAGCCAUGCGCUCCUCCAGCAUCUGUCUGUGCCUCCUGUUCCUCUGUGGGGCACUGGGUCUCACCACGUCCCCCACCGGGGGACGGCUCCGCUGUUACACCUGCAGCUUCAGCAAACCCUGCUAUCCUGUUCUCACCGAGUGUCAGGAUGACGAAGUUUGUGGCAUCAGUAUCGGCACCUCAGAGCAGAGUGAGAUCAUCGAGCGGAAAGGCUGCCUCCCAAGGGCCCAGUGCCCUCUGCAGGGCCAUGCCACCUACUGGUCACGCUCCUAUGCUCUGCGGCACCACUGCUGUGAGCAGAACCUGUGCAACACAGCCACCAUGCUGCAGCGACUCCCCAGCCCCCUCCUCAUCACCCUGCUCCUCCUCGUGGCCAGCUUCAUGUGGGGAGCCCACCUACUCCACUAGCCUCAAACCAGGACUCCUCCACCAUCACCACCACCCUGGAAACACCUCAUCUGAGAUAUGCCCAAGAACCUGAUUCUGAAGAGACCUCAGGUCUCUGGCCCAAUACCUUCCCAGACCCUUCCCAAGGCCUGAUUCCUACAGGCACUGCUCUAACCCCUAUAGGUACCUGCCCAGAGCCCAGCCUCGUAAAGAACACCUGUUCUAUGCCUUUUAUCUUUUCUAGUUGCCUGAUGUUGAUGCUCUAUCUUAGCUCCAGGUCUUGGGCAAGGCAGGUGUUUUGAUGGAGCUGUGGGUCCCAGGCACGGGGAUUGAAGGGGCACCAGGUAUGGUGAGGAGGACAGUCUUGCUAGGAAAGAUUAAUUUGGCAGGUUAGGAACUCAGGAAGGAGGUUCUUGGGGAACUAUGAAGAGUAAAUUUAAUAAAAGUGCUAUUUGUGAGUCUAGGA